AUGGUGAGUGCUAAGUGGCGAGCGAAGGUGCGGGCCCAUUUGACCGGCGGCCCCCUGCUGGGCCGCUACGUGUUCUCCCAGCUGCACUUCCACUGGGGACAGCAGGACACCGAGGGCAGCGAGCACACGCUGCAGGGCGACAGUUUCCCGCUGGAGAUGCAUAUGGUGCUCUUCAAGAGUCGCUACCUCACCCAGGAGGCCGCUCUCAAGGAGAUGGACGGAGUUGUCGAAGUUGCCUACUUCUUUCAGUUGGAGGCUCUGCGCAGUGUGUACGGCCUGGACGGGAAUCCGCUGCUGAGGAACUGGCGGAAGGCGCACCCUCCCAUGGGCCGCACUGUACUGCACGUCGUCCCUCCUGGCACCAAGAAAUCCAUCAAAGGCGACCAGUUCAGUGAGGGGGUGCCAGCCGAGAAGCGGCAAACCCGUUUCUCUCCUGACUGGACAGAGAACGAACAAGAAGCCCCUCCAGAUGCAGAACCUGAUCGUCCCAAGAGUGGCCGACGCUUUCUCGAUGCAGCUUCUUGGCAGCAUAGGUGGCACCGUCCACGUGUUCCUGGUUCUGCUGUUGAGGAUGAUGGUUCUACAGAACAGCUGAGCUUCCGCUGUGUGAUGCUUUCCAUUGCCAUUAUUACUGGCUUCUGA